AUGUUUAAUAGGACCUACCAACUUGAGCAACUGGCCACUGGCCAGGAUUGUAUUUUCAGAUACGACCCAGAGUCCUUUAUAUUGCCCACCGACAACAAUUUGAUGCAUAACAACGAAGCUGGAAUAGAUGUUGAGACGACAUUUUCCGCUGAGUUCAAGAUGUUUAUGGACCAGAUUGAGGAUGCCAAAAAGAUGAUAAAGACUAUUGACGAAGGGGCAAAUUCCAUUACAAAGUUGAUGACACUGAGCCACGAUGUUAUGACAAGUAGCCAAAGCUCUAGCGUGAGCUCAAACAUGAAUGCACUGAUUGAUCGCACAAAUCUGGUGUGUACCCAGUGUAAAAACAUAAUUACAAGCCUAGACCAACUAAAGGAACUUGGACAAAGUGAGACUGAGAACAGGAUGCUAACAAACUCGUACAAUGUGGUCAUUAAGCACUUUAAAAACGCCAUGAAACGCUAUCAAGACGCCCAGGACGAGUUCAAAAAAGCAAUCUCGGAUCGAGCAAAGAGUCAGAUUAAACUCAUCUACCCGAACAUGAAGGAUGAUGAAGUUGAUAAAAUCGUCGAGGAUACCAGAGGCUUUCAAACAGUGGAACAAAUCGCACAAUCGAACUUUCUUGAGAAUGUAUCAUUAAGAGAUGCGGUGUCAAAUAUACAAGGGAAAUAUAACGAUAUUCUAGCGCUUGAACAGAGUAUGGAACAACUAAAACAGAUGAUGGUUGAGUUGGCAGGGGUGGUUAGUUACCAGGGCGAACUUAUUGACCAGAUUGAACACAACACUUUGAAGGCUGUUGACUACACUGGAAGAGUAAAUCAGCAGUUACUCAAGGCUAAGGAAAAUAAACGCAAGGGUGGGAAACUCUUGACAUGGUUUACCAUCAUUGUUAUUAUCGUAGGUGUGAGUAUUAUGAUACCCAUUUUACUCAAAAUCACAUAA